GAGAAGCUCCUUCCCAUGCUUUAACUAAUACCGCCCACGAAUUAUUUUUGGCUUAACCAACAGCACCCUGUUCAUAAAAAAAUAUAUCUCCUCUCUCAUUUUUAGCUGAAAUAGCUUACAGGUCUUUUUAUUUUUGAUAUGUCUUUUUCAUACAAAAAUUUCUCUAAAUUUUUGUUAGGUGGUCUUUCAGUUGGCUGCGUAGGUGGAUACUUUGCCUAUAAAAAUCAAAACAAGCCUAUCGGCCUUAAUACUGAAGUAUAUUCUCCUUUUACUAUCUCUCAAAUCACAAAAGUUACCCCGGAUGCCAGUAUUUUCACUCUCACUCCCCAGGGUUCUCUAGAAAAUAUGAAGAAUAUGGAUCCUAUUUCCAAAGUUACUAUUCGCAACCCAGACAUGCAGGUUCAACGACCUUAUACCCCCUUAUAUAUCAAUGAAGAUAACUUCAAGUUUUAUAUUCGUAACUAUGAAGACGGACCCGUGAGUUCCCAUAUCCAUUCCAAGAAAGAAGGUGACACUGUUGAACUUCGUGGCCCCUUCAAGACCACCAAGCUAGACCAUACGAAAUUCUCCAGAAUUGUUGGUGUUGUUGCCGGUACUGGUAUUGCACCUAUUUAUCAGUUAGCUCAAAACUCAAAGGUCCCUGUCGAUAUCGUAUAUUGCGAACGUCCCGGUCAAGAGCCUGCUUUGAAGGAACAAUUGGAGAAAGAAUGCCCCAAUGUUCGUGUACGUACUAUUCAAGAUCGCUUAAUCGCUGCGGAUGAUAUCUUGAAAUGGGAUGGUGUUGACGUUCCUUUGAGUGAGACUCUUUGUAUCAUUUGCGGUAAUCCUAAGUUUGUUGCUACAGUUGCUGGACCAAAGGCCGAAUUUGGAGCCAAGCAAGGCCCAGUCAAAGGACUUUUGGAAGACUCUUCUUUUGGCAAGGUUUGGAAGCUUUAAGUACAUUUACUGUUAAUGUAUUCAGCUCAAAUUUAACAAUUAUCUUAUCUUACUUACGGUUUUGUAUUUAUAAGAAUUUAGUCAAUGACAGUUCAAUAAAACUGCCCUUUGUCAAAUACGUGUGUUAGUUAGACUCGUAAA